CAAAAGCAAAAUGGGGCAUUUGUCUUGGUAAUUAAUCAAAAUUCCCAAACAGGCCCUUAAAUUUCAUCAAAAUUUUUGAUACCGAGUCUGGUGAGUUUUCUCCUUUACUCUGAUCUUGAACUUUCAAUUGAAUUAAGAUUUGGUGGAGCAUCAGCUGAGUAAACAUAGAUUUAGAUCAAUGGAGAAAGAAAAUAAAUUAACAGAAGGCACCUCAGAAAUCGAAGAACCCAUUGAAGUUCCUCUAUUUCAAGUCCCUGAAUGUUAUGUUUACUUGAUCCCUCCAAGGAAAAGUGCAGCUUCAUACAGGGCUGAUGAAUGGAAUGUUAAUAAAUGGGCAUGGGAGGGUACAUUAAAGGUUUUAAGCAAGGGCGAAGAGUGCAUCAUCAAAUUGGAAGACAAGGAAACAGGUGAAUUGUAUGCACGUGCAUUUCUCAGAGAUGGGGAACCACAUCCAGUGGAGGCUGUAAUCGAUAGUAGCAGAUACUUUGUUCUUCGGAUUGAAGAAAACAUUGGUGGACGCCUCAGACAUGCUUUUAUUGGCAUUGGAUUUCGAGAAAGACCUGAAGCCUAUGACUUCCAAGCUGCUCUUCACGACCAUCAGAAAUACCUGAAUAAGAAGAAAACUGCAGAAGAGAUGGAGCAACAAUACCAGAAAUCCUCAUCAGUCGACUACAGUUUGAAGGAGGGGGAAACCCUGAAACUUCAGAUAAAGAAUAAACCUGGUGGCACCAUAAGGUCCAAGUUCUUCGAGCAGGGUCUAAAUAAUCUUUCAUUGGAGGAAAAGGCCAACCGAAAGGAUUCAACAAUAUUACUCAAACCACCACCACCUCCUCCCGCACCACUUUCACCUGUUGCUACUGAUGCAAGGUCUCCCCCAGUAUCACCGUCUAAAUUGAGUCUCGAGCAAUCUGCUGAAACGAAGGACUCAGCAACAGCGAAAGAGGAGCCAGAUAAAUCAGAAUCAGUUAAAGAGCAAGGUCCACAAGAUGUUGCAGAUGAUGACUUUGGAGAUUUUCAAGCAGCUGGAUAAUGUUUUGUUGGAAACUCAGUACAAUUGGAAAACUAAAGUUCAAAGUUCACACUAGAUAUUGUUGUUGAAUGUCUUUGGUACAUAUGAUGUGUAUUAUAGUUUUCACUCCAUAUCUUUAUUGUCUUACCUAUACACCUACUUGCCUAAAGAAUCUUUCAUUUUCUUCAAAGCAAAAUUUUUAUCUGGUGGGA